AUGGAGGAAACAACAAUUAGUAGGGUAGACAUCGACGAUAAGCUACAGCAGGAAUCAAGUAAUUUGAAUAUCUUGAAAGAGAGUCUCAAUAAAAGCAAUCAGUUGACAAAUAAUAUGGUAUCUAUUCUAACUUCAUUUGAAAACCGUCUACAAAAAUUGGAAGCUACCAUUAUUCCUGUUCACAGAGAAACAAUUAAUCUUCAACAAUUACAAGAAAAUGUCGAAAAAACUCUGUCAUCAUUUGACCAUGUCAUCAAUUAUUAUGAUGUUGCCAGAGAAGUGGAAGGGACUAUCAGAGAAGGUCCUAGUGGUAAUAUACAGAAGUAUAUAGAGUGUAUGGCAAGGGUCGAGGAUGCUGUAGCUUUCUUUAAAGAGAAUAAUCCUAGUAGUCCAGAGUUACAUACAGCGAUGUCUCUCUUUGAGACUGGUAAAGAAGGCUUGGAGAGGGAAUUUCGUACAUUACUAACCAGACACAGUAAACCAGUGCCGCCAGUCUCUAUAUUAGAUAUGAAUGCACUAUUCUGUUUUAUGUCUUCAAUUUAA